ACUUGGUGUGGGUGAUCAGGGGGCGGUGUGCUUGCCCAUACGUGCUCCUCACAAGGCAGAAUUCCAAUGAUAGACCUAUGGAUGCAAUAUUUCUAUUGACGACAUAGGUGGCAGUGCUUCUAAUUGAUCCAUAUGAAUAUAUGUCAAUUUCAAUUACACUGAGAUAUUUUUCUGGACUGGAAUACCUUAAUUACUUUCUUUUAGCAAAUCUUUUGUAACACGUAAGGGGCCAUGGAUCCCGGUACCGCCCUAGGUGUGGUAUCUCUGGCAUUCCAGGUCUUUUCUGGAUGUAUAAAAGGAUGUCAACUGUUAUUGGAUGCGAAGAAUCUACCAAAGAAGUACGGCUAUCUUCGGCAUCGUCUCCGUUUGGAGCAGCUUAAGUUGUUGGAUUGGUGGGAUGCGUCUGGUUUCGUGACGGAGGCUGCGUUCCAGGACAGUCCAUUGGAUGAGAGAAAGCAAGCUAUGGUGGAAUCUUUGCUCCAGAUCAAGUCUAUAACAUUUGAUAUCGGUCGGAUUAAAGAACGCUAUGACCUCUCGCUGAAAGUUUCGGAUGAAAGCCUGGGUAACGAAGCCCCAACUUCAGGAAAUUUCCUCGAGCUUGACUCUUCGGGAACUUCAGACAAUAGAGAGACACUACGCCAGAAAGCUCUUAAAUAUGCUGAUACUGUUCUGAAAUGCCCGAUAGGACUUCGAUGGGCGGUGUUCGACGCCGCCAAGUUCGAACAACUCCUAGCCCGGUUUUCUGAACUAAAUAAUUCCAUGCAUUUUUCUUUGGAGUUGGGUCAAAGACUACAUCAUAUAGAACUUCAAGAGAGGUCUCAUAUGCAGAUUUUACAAGUACACGAAAAGUUAGACCAAGUUGUUGAACUCGUUCGGUCACUUCACCUACUCCCACAUUGUAAUUCAGGGGCUUCGUCGCAGGGCUCAGAUGAAGGCGUGCAUAGCACUUUAGAACGACUCGCUCGGUUCAAGGCCCUCAGUAUGACGGUUGGUCUUCAGGACCUUCCCUGUGAGGAGGAUACCAUAGUGCAGAUUGGACUUGAAGUCCCAUCACCAGGAGACCUGGAGCUCCUCCUUUCACAAGUAGAGUUAUACGAAGAUCAAAAACAACUUGGUAUCCAUCGGGUCAUGGGGAAAUACGGCGGGACUCCUAUCUGGGUUGAAUGGAAGGGAUACGACAAAAGUAGCACUACCUUAGCGUACCGCUGCGUCGAAACCCGAAUCAUACGCCUUGCUGCAUUACUCCUAAAGAAUCCAGACACGCCCCGAAAGCUUAGGCUCCCAACAUCUCUCGGCUAUAUUCACGAUCCUUCUUCGGCUAGAUUUGGAAUUGUGUUCGAGUUGCCCGCCUUGACUAGCACGUCAAUCCCACUGUCCCUAUAUGAUAGGUUCCAGAUCUCCCUGAAGCCCUCGUUAACUGUGAGAUUGGACAUGGCGCGGAAGCUCACAGUAAGUUUGGAGUAUAUCCAUGCAAUGAAAUGGCUUCACAAAGGUUUACGAAGCGAUGAUAUCCUGUUCCUCCAAUCAUCUGGUUUUGAUUGGUUGUCUUUCUGUAUCUGUGGGUUCGAAUACUCGCGGCCAGCAAAUCCGAACGAAGUGACGGAGCUUCCAAGCGACAAUAGAGAGCAUGAUUUAUACCGACAUCCUGAUGUCCAGUUCGACGUUCCUAGAGAUGGAGAAUAUGGAUAUAAAGAGAAACAUGACAUCUAUAGUCUAGGGGUUAUAUUGACGGAGAUUGGUCUAUGGCAGCCGAUCCAUCAAGUGCUUGGGAUUUCUCUAAAUCGAUUCAUUCGACGCCCAAUUAUCAGAGAAGCCCGCAGCAACCUCCUAAAACCGGAAUCAAUCGCAAUUCUGGAGUCAGAGACUGGGGAAAGAUACACAGACGCGGUCAUACUUUGUUUGACAGGCAGCCCGAGAGACCCGUUUGAAAAACAGAAAGGAUUCGCAUUCUCGGAGGAAAAACUGAAGGAGAACUCGACAGGGUGUCUGAAGAGGACUCGAGAAAUAUUGCAAAACAUCAAGUUAUAGAAAACAGAAACAUGCUAAACACGGCAAAAAGAACCUUUACCAGCGCCGGCCAACUUGAAAACUGAGACUCCGCGGGGAGAGGCGCAAUGCUAUAUCGCUUGGAACCAUCAAACAG